AAUAAGAAACCAUAGUACGUGGGCGAGAGAGGGAGAGAAAGAGCCGGUCUGAGGAACCAUUCGAGCAUGCAUAUCAAGGAGUAGAGUUUAGUUUUGAUCUGGCUACUCAACUGCGGAGACCAUGCCUUGGAAACUCGUAAUUCUGCUCACGUGCUCGAGCUUUUUGCGAGCUUUCGCCGAGGAUUACUUCGUCGUGCCACCGAAUCAUCGGCUGAGCGACCAUGGUCUGUUCAAUUUUUACUACUACGUGCCAACGAUCGCCAACGAGCAGCCAAAGAGAUUCCGGACGGGACGUAGGCCGGCGCUACGCAUGAUGCCGCCCAAUCCGAAUGCGGUGUCCAAUUAUGCUGAUUAUUAUGGACUCCCUGUUGCCGAGAUGGACGACGGAGUGCCCUAUAAUCACAGACCUUAUCCUGCGACCGUCAACCAGAAUCCGAAGGACAUGCGUGACGAAAGACCUACCUACACCAGGGAACACGAUCCUUUUACUGCUCAUUCUGUACAGUCUGAAACUGGGAAAUCUCAAGAAUUCAAAAUGAACAGGAAGAAAAAGUUGAAUAAAAGGCCGGCAGAAGCGUUAGAAUUGUCAUCUGAUGGCGAUAGAGUUGAAUUUCAAAUUCAAGGACAUGAAGGUCCGGCAACUUACGUCUUUGGCUAUGAUACAGGUGAUGGGGAAAAUCGACAAUAUAGAUUAGAAGAGAGAUUGCCAGAUGGUUCAGUUAAAGGACACUAUGGCUACUACGAUGCGAGAGGAAAAUUAAGAACAGUUAGAUAUUUAGCUCAACCAGAUAUAGGAUACACAGAAAAGCAUCACGAAUCAAACAAAGUUUCAUCAGAGGAAGAAGAGCAAGAAAAGAAUCAAAAUUGACUAAAUACAAUACAAUGGGAGUUAAAGGGUUAUUUACUAUAACAAUAACAAUAUUUUUUUAUGCUGGUGUCAUAGUAGAAAGUUAAAACAAAAAUAUAGGAAAUCUUAUGAUCACAAUGAGUAUUUUCUCUAAGCUACGUAAAAAAGAAUCUGCCUUUUGGUUGCUUGUGUUUGUGUAUGAUAUCAAUUAACAUAACAAACGCCAUUAUAAGUUUUAAAUCGCAUAAUCGUAGCGUAAAGAUUAAGAAAAAAAUCAUCUUCUCAUUUGCGCGUCACUAUAAAAUGAAUAGGCUCUUAUUUUGCUUUUUUUGUUUCUGCUGCUCCAUACGACGAGCUCUUGCUUAUCUCCGACAUCUCGAUGGUUUUAUUCAUUAAUAUAAAAA